AUGUCCACACAACGAGAAGGGGUGAACCCCCUGAGACCGUACUAUAAACCCCCAACCAUAGGCGAAAGCCCUGAUCCGACCGCCGCUUCCUCCGGACCCAACCCUUUCGCCCGCCAUGCAGGCAAUGCUACGACGGGGAGGUACGCGUCCAAGGCACGCGACAUCUUCUCAGACAUCGAUUACAAGGACUACAUCAGCGAGCCGUCUCCUUCUGUCGUACAGACAGUCAAGGACCUCGUCGACGAGUUGUUAUGGAAGUACACAUCUGUGCUCAUGGCCCAACCUUUCGAGGUAGCGAAAACUGUUUUGCAGGUCCGGAGCCAUGAUGACGUGACUUUGGGCCCAGCCAUACCGACACCCAUCACCACCCCAGUUUGGGAAAAGAGGCAGUCUGUAUAUGGCAACACGAUGUACGAUGAGGCCGAGUCCGACUCUGACCUUGACGAGCCUGCUUAUUUUACCUCAAACGUCCCUGCUACACCGACACCGUCUUUCCCUAGGGACAACCGGAAUCACCAACCCUCUCCUCCCCGGACGCCGGCAGCAAAGCAACCAGUACCGCCUCAUCAGCUUACUAUUCGUCGGCCCGACUCAUUGAUGGAAGUUAUCGGACAGCUCUGGCAAAAGGAAGGUGCAUGGGGUGUAUGGAAGGGCUCGAAUGCGACAUUUCUCUACUCCGUGCUAUCUUCGUUGCUGGAAAACUGGUCCAGAAGUGCACUUAGUGCACUGUUCAACGUGCCCGACUUGGGUGUUAAGGAGGAUAUUGAUCGGUUGAUCGAUAUUGCGUCGCCUUACCCAUGGGCCUCGCUGUGCGUAGCCGCUGCUGCGGCCGUAGCGACCGGUCUUAUUCUUGCACCCUUGGAUAUGGUUCGCACACGACUUCUCGUCACUCCUACUUCGAAGCAACCGAGACGAACACUGUCAACUCUCCGAGCCCUGCCCUCCUACGUGUGCCCCUCACCGCUCGUCAUCCCCACGAUUCUACACUCGCUCAUCCACCCUCUGCUCACCCUCUCAACACCGCUCGUUCUUCGUACCCGAUUCUUGAUCGAUAGCCGAGUCUCGCCGACGACCUUCUCCGUCGCCAAGUUCUGCGCCUCCUCUGUCGCACUGUUUGUCAAGCUCCCUCUCGAGACCGUCCUCCGACGUGGCCAGGCUGCCGUCCUGUCUACCACCCCAUACAUCCGUGCACUUGCGGGCAAAGACCAGAAACUUGAGACUAUCAUUCCUCUCGGGCGAUACAAUGGCGUCAUGGGCACUAUGUUUUACAUCAUGAAUGAGGAGGGCACCCGGGCGAUUGCGACCCCGCCCCCACCAGUCAGGAAGGGCAAGAGCAAGCCCAAGGUCGCCGAGACGGUAUUCCGAAAAGGCCAAGGACUCGAUGGGCUCUGGCGAGGCUGGAAGGUCAGCUGGUGGGGUCUGGUCGGGCUCUGGACUGCAGGCGUCAUUGGGAACAGUGCCGAGGGCGAGUUUUAA